AUGGACAAAACUGCCAAUGUAGUAUUGGAUAUUGAGGGUCUGCCUCAACCACCUGAUAAAUGCUGCUCCGGAAGUCCGAAAAUGAUUAGGGCCUUAUCACGUAAGGGUUCAAAUCGGAUGGAAAGGAGGGGCGGUGAUGAGCUGGAGCAAGAGGAUUUGGCAAAAAAACUUAUCAUCAAAGUUGUGCCAUCUCAACUGGAGCAGCCCCUGGGCCAGAACAAGGCUCUGGUUGCUCCACAUUGUACUCCCUGCACACCUGUUCUUAUUGAUUCUGGGGAAGGAAGGAGCAAACGAUUUAGCCGAUUCACAUCCAUAAACCCUCGGAAAAUUCUCCUCUUAUUCGCGACGCUGUCGAGCGUGGGGACGACGAUACUGAUCUACUUCACGCUGGCGAUCAACAGCAAAUCGGAGGCGUAG